AUGUCUGCCUCCCCAGAACACGCCGUUGGCUCCCCAGCAGCAUCCCCCGACCGCGCCGAGGAAAAUGUCGCGACCCCGAAUGCCGGUGGUGACAACCAAGAGAAAGGCGAAGCUAGUGGAGAUGACGACGAUAACGAGGGUGGAAUUUCAGACGACGAGUCGAUUCUUUCAGAAGUCGAUGAGGUCCAAUUCGAGAACUUCGACCCAGAGAAUGUCGACGUCGAGGACCGUCCGCAGCUCGCGAUCGAUGAGGACAACCUGAAACUAAUUGGUCGCCACAAGCGCAAGCGCGAGGAGGGUGAGAGUCGCCCACGUCGCAAGGAAAAUCGCCGAGAGAAGAAGCGUCGCGGACAGGAUGAAGAGGAUGGCGACGAGGGGUCAUCUCGUCGCAAGGAAAAGAAGAAGAAGGAGAAGAAGCCGGCGGAGCCAGAUACCGAUGAAGAGACACUGGAUCCUGAAACCCGACGUCGCAGGGCUCUUGAUCGUGCCAUGGACGAGGCCAUGAAGAAACCUACCAAGCGGAGAGCUCGCAAGCAGGAUGGAAUUGAUCUGGAAGCCAUGGCCGACGCCGAGAUCGAACACAUGCGGAAGCGCAUGACCCACGCUGCGCAGAUGGACGCUAUUGAUCGCCAAGAGGGCAAGCCCGCCAUGCACAAGCUGAAGCUUCUUCCCGAAGUCAUUUUGCUUCUCAACCGCAACCAAUAUACUAACAGCUUGGUCGACCCCGAAAUCAACCUGCUCGAGGCCGUCCGAUUCUUCCUCGAACCUCUCGAUGAUGGCUCCAUGCCUGCCUACAACAUCCAGCGCGAUUUGCUUAUCGCUAUGGCCAAGCUCCCUAUUCAAAAAGAUGCUUUGAUUGCCAGCGGGAUAGGAAAGGUGGUUGUUUUCUACACCAAGAGCAAGCGCAUUGAGCGGCCAAUCAAAGACAUGGCCGAGAAGCUGCUCGCUGAAUGGACUCGUCCCAUCUUGCAGCGCAGCGAUGAUUACUCGAAGCGUGUCUUCCGGGAAGCCGUUUUCGAUCCCACAAAAAUGACCAAGGCUGUCCAGCCCAGCGCCGCGGCUGUUGCUGCGGAAGCGCGCGCUCGUGAAAUGCUUCCACCUCGCUUGGCCAACCGUGCUCGUGUUGAUCGUACCCAAGUCAGCUACGAGGUUGUUCCUCGCCAGAUCGGUGUCCAAGAGAGUCGAUUCGCGCGACCCUUGGGAGCCAGUGGUGAGGAUCGUUUCCGCAAGAUGCAAGCCAGGCAAAAUGCCGCACGGAAGGCAUCCCGUCAGUGA